GCUGUGACAACCGGCUAUCAGCUUGUCUGCUUUGGAGACAACAAGUUUGGGCAGUGCGACGUACCACCCAGCCUGGGAAUGGUCACAGCUGUUUCAGCAGGUACGGGGCAUACCUGUGCAGUGACAAUGCAUGGGAGCCUUGUGUGCUUUGGGCGUAAUAGCAGAGGCGAAUGUGAUGUACCUGCCGAUCUGGGGAUUGUUUGGAGCGUCUCUGCAGGAGACGAUCACACGUGCGCGAUUCAGUCAAGCGGGCGCAUUGUUUGCUUUGGGGGCCGAGGGAAGUUCCGGGAUUUCGGCCAGUGCGACGUGCCGCCGGAUCUGGGUCCAGCCGUGAGCGUUUCUGCAGGCAACGGGCACACGUGUGCAGUAAAGCCCAAUGGGCAGCUGGUUUGCUGGGGAUGGAACUGUCGUGGCCAAUGCCUCGUACCGGAAGACCUGGGUCCAAUUCUAGCGGUGUCUGCAGGUAAUGCAGUGACUUGUGCAGUGACGAUUACCCAUCAACUGGUGUGCUUCGGAAGCAACAUCUGGAACGAGUGUGAGGUGCCAGAGACUCUUGGGCCAGUGACUGCGGCUGCAUCGGGCUUAUCUCACACCUGCGCCGUACAGACAGACGGCGAAGUCCCAUAUCAGGAGCAUGACUGCGCAACACAAGUGGCAAUCGGCGUGAUGUUUGCAGAAAAGGCCGAUAUCGCGCCGCUGCUGGUAGUGUCCACAGCGUCACUGCAAGCAUUAGCCGAAGGUGCGGGCAAAGACAUACCCGCAGACCGGUUCAGACCGAAUGUGAUCCUCGAGGGUCCCAUAGAACCCCACGCGGAGGACACGUGGGAUGAGAUGCGUAUUGGCCCUCUUCGCCUGAAGCGCUUGGGUCCAUGCGCCCGCUGCGCCAUCGUCGAUGUGGCGCAGGGCCAGGGAAAGCGUGACAAUGCAGUCUAUGGAGCUCUUGUGCAGCACAGAGGGCAGGCUGUGUUUGGCCAGUACUACCGGCCAAUGUUGCGGGAGGGCGCGCUGCCUUCCGAACGCGCAUUGGAGGUCG